AUGAUAUUUGCCGGUGGAUUCAGUGACUUCGAAAGACUACAGAAAGCUGAACAAAAAGAAAAAGAGAAGAAACAACGUGAACGACAGAAAAGUAUUGAAAUUCAACGUGACCGUGCUCAUCGAGCUGCUUGCGAAGAUGCCGCUGCAAAGCUUCUAGAAAUUGCUGCUCAACCAUCACUUAAGCCGAAACAUCGUCAUAGCGUUCAUGCUUCAACUGUUCAGCAUUUGCAUAUAACUCAAGAACAAAUGGAAAAGCUGACCAUUGAUAAUCAUCAUCAUGAGAAGCAUAAGAAUGGUGUAAAUGGACCACAACGUUCCACAUCAUCUGAGCAUUGUCGUGAAAAGAAAGAUUCUGUUGGCAGCUCUAAUCCCAACAAAUUUCUACGCUGGCUCGGAUUAGCUGGAAAAGAAAGUGACAAAGAGCCAUCCGUUGAUUUUAAGGAGCUCAAGAAGCGUCGAAUGAGCACAUUCACCUAA